AUGCGUCUGCGCCUCACGAUCCAGCGCAACGGCCUACCCGCCGCUAACAUUCUCUGGAGCGUCCCGGACACGAACAACGCUACUGCAUACACCGUCACUAGACUGCUGGAGGAUGUCAACUUGAUUGUGCCGCUUGAGGCCGAGCACUGGGGCCUGGAGCACUAUGUUAUCGAAGUGGCUGGCUUCGAGUGUCUGCACUUCAUGCCGGUGGGGCAGUGCUUGAAGGAGGAUGACCAUGCUACUAUAAGACCGCUCAUGCGCGCCGAGAUACGCGCCAGGACGCUCACAGGACGACACCAAAUCAACGCUGGAGGGCAGCAUCUUGUUGAUGGCCUGCCGUUUGGGCGACCAUACCUACGACAGCCGAAUCGUCCCGAGGUUAGGAUUCCACCGAUGAAACGGCAGAGGCUGGAGGAAAUUACCGAUGAUGAAGAGGCAUUUUCGUUGACCGAGGCGCAGCAGCAGAGAAUUAUCAUGAAGAGCCGAGUGCCUACCAACCGUAGUGCGCCAUUCGCAGACAAACCCGGGCGCGAGUCUGGAGGUGGUGAGAAGGCAGUGCACUUCGAACAGGCUGAGGCGGAGAUGGAGCUGGAUGAAGAUAGUGAGGACGAGGACGAUGACGAUUUUGCGCCAGGAGAAGAGGACGACGAAGUCAGCGCUGAUGGAUCUGAUGACUCGGAGUCAGACACUACAGACUCAUCGAGUGCUUCGGACGCCACAGACUCAUCAAGUUCAGGCGACUCCUCGAGUGACUCCGAACUCGAGAGCGACAGUGACAGCGACAGUGACGCGGCGCCCGAAGUGCGGUCUUCGAAAGCACCUGUAUCGAAACUUUUGCCAAAACUACCGAUCGGUUUAAAAUUAGGUCCGCCUGGAGAAGGCAAGAAAUCCACAAAGUCACGAAACAAGCGCCGAAUGAAAUCGAAACGCCUCAAGUUUCUUAAAAAAGCCGGCAUACUACACGAGGAUGCUGAUCUGAAAGACCUUGAGGAGUACGCUAAGGAUCUGAAGCAGCGACUACGAGAUGGACCCGUAGUACAGCGACAAACAUUUGCCGAGCCGUGUGGCAAGAGGAAGCGCUUCGACGAAGAAGAGCCCACACAGCCAGUAACCGACGACGUAGCAGAGCUGAAAAAGCGGAAGCAGGAGAUGAUAGCCAGAUUUAGCGAGGAGGGCGCCGAGACGCAAGUCGGAGAGCAAGCGCCGGUCGAAGAGCAAGCGCCAGUCAAAGAGCAAGUGCAAGUCGAAGAGCAAGUGCAAGUCGAAGAGCAAAUGCAAGUCGAAGAGCCUGCCUCGAGCGCAACCGCGAAGCCUGCUUCAGCUUCUUCGCAGCAGCAGCAACCACAAGAGCCAGUCGUGACACCGGAAAAUGUCCCAGAGCGGAGGCGAUUGCGACCUGAUGUAUCAGCCAUUGGCCGGAUGCUCGUCCGUCAAACUAAGAAUCUUGCAAAGAAGCCCGCGAAGGCUAAGGAACCGACUCCAGAACCAGAAGUCUCAACAGAUCCCGAGUUCUGGAAGUCGCGAAUCAACCUCUCCGCGUUCGAAUGCUGGGAAGAAGAGUACGAACUGACUGCUCCACCCUUCCCCUUCAAACAGCACUGGGAUCCUGCCAGCAAAGCUAUGCGUGACGCUGCGAAGAAGAAGAAGGGGAAGAAGGGAGGCAAAAAGGCUCCGCCAGUGGAAGAACCUGAAGAGGAGGAGGAGAAGAUAUUCCUCAACUACGAUGAUACCCCGGGUGAUGAGAACCCAGAUGUUGAAAUCCAUGCAGCCAUCGAAGACCAGCUCCAGCAAGACAUUGCAACAGCCGAGCAGGAACAGGACGACCUUCCGCCAAUGCCAGAAGAUCUGAGCACUCUACCCGAUCUGACUCCCGCUGAUAUCAAAGCUGGCGCGGUUCUUGUCUGCCGAUUCUUUGGUGUCAACCCUGUGACUGUCACGCCCGAAAUCAGCGACUACAAGACGGCCACUGUUGAACAGGAAGGCGACUCUGGAGCCGGCGCGGGCACGAUUCGAAUCCGAAUCGCCCAGCGCGAUCUGCCUCAGAAGAAGAAGAAGUUCAACAGCAAAGGAGAGCGGUUGUAUGGCGCCAAAGACGGCUUCUUCAUGGAUGAGGAGGAAGAGGGGCAAUGGAGCGGCAUGUUCGGUGAGAUGCUGGAGGGGAAGCUACUCAGGGCUGCUUGA